AACUUCAUGGCUCUUGAAUAUCCCUCAGGAACUGAAUUGGGUGUUCUGAAUGGAAUAGUAACCAGUUUCAUGAGCCAAGUAUGCCCCGUUCCAUGGUAUGUUCUGGUAUGUUGAUUCCACUCUGGUUGAAAAAUAACCCUUGAGCUUCUGCAAGUAAAGCGCAGUUGGCUUUAUAAGUAACCUAUAUUUAUUUCCACCAAGAGAAUAUCAUGUAAUCCUUGCUUAUAAGGGCUGAGUCCUACACAUUUAAACACACACUAACCUUUAUUUCUAACAACAACAGCUUCAUUUUAUUCAAAUCAUGGGGAAAAUAUUUAUACCUCAGUGAGACGUUCUCAUAACCUGCUGAUCUCCUUGGGGUCACUUUCAAUGUUCCUUUCUCAAAGCAAUCUAACUGAUCAGCAGCUGCUCUUCAUUUUCCAGCUCUCAGGUAAGUUCACAAACCUCGUCACUUGCUUUUCAUAUGGCAAAAGUUGAACCACCCCAGAGAUGUGUUUUAAUGCUGUAGUUGCUGGGCAGCAAUCAGCUUAGUUCUAUCUGUAACUUAGCUGAGUCAUUAUUAUGUGGGUAGCUUAGAUGUGCUGUAAAUCAAAUAGCAUCUAUAGUGCCACACUGGUCCAUUCAAUGGUAGCAAAGUACAUCCAAGUGCAGCAGUGGGAAUUCACCUUUUGCCACCAGCAGAGUGGUUAAACAUUAAGGCUGUGCUCUGCUCUUUAAUAACACAGAGAAGUACUACUCUUACUUGUUUAGUUUGCACAGUGAGGUUCUCCUUGGAGCCUGGUUCAGUUGCUUGUACAAUAAACUGAGCUGGACAGCUGGUGUGUGCUGCAAUUUGACAUCUAUUAACUUUGUGUUUCCAGCCCCACUGAGCUACUGACCUGCUUUGGGGUGGCACUGCUGGAUCACAUGGAACUUACAUGGUUGUUUAAUUGAAGUUCUGUGAACGCAUAUUGAAAUACAGGCUCAUUUUGGCAAGCUGUUAAUGUUGCUUCUCCCACUGUGCCUCUUGGUGUCCAGUCCUGCUAUUAUACAAUAAGGAACAAAGUAUUUAAACUCAAAUCCUUCUGACUCCAUUUAGUUUUAUUGUUCAUUUGCUGUCAGAGCUCUUAGAGUUUUAUUUUUCCCCAGACCAGUGCCAACAUUUUGCCUUUCAAAUGAAGUCUGGCAGGAUUCCUGUCUGUGGAUGGAGAUGGAGCACUGCAGUUCCCAUCCGUGUUUUAGGGGAGUCCUGAUUUCGGUUGUAAAUGCUAUCAGAAGUUUGAGCAUGGAUUGAUUUUGUAUGGUAUCAAGGGCUAAUAAGGUAAAAGUAAAAGGUAAGGUAGAAGUUCUAAGAGCCAAUUUGUUGGCUUCCAUUGAGAGGUAUCCACCAAACUGACUUGAUAAGCCUUACAUCUGUCAAGUUGCCUUUUCUCACCGUCCUCCAGUUUGUAAGACAUGGAGCAAAUUAACAUCACCAAGCUCCUGGAUGGAGAAUCGUGCUGGUCUUUAAUAGCCCCGGGACCAGAUGCUUUUGCAUCCACACUUCCAGCAGGAGGUAUCACCACAUGCAGGAGGGUGCAGACCUGAAGGUGACACUGCUGAUGUGUAUAGAGCCAACCAGGACCUGGAAGCAAACACCUGGAAAGAUGCUGGCGUUGUUUGCAACUGGGUGGAGAGACUGAAUCAUGCUGAGACAACCUACAGGAAGAGCUGUCCCUGUGGAAGUGUCAUUUAUAGGGUACCCAAUGUUCACCAGGACAUCACACUGCUGGAGCCAGGGGCUGCCGGUUCAGCUGGAAACCACAGUGCUUCUGGAUGACGUUUUCCUCUCCUCCCACUGAAUCAGCCUUUUAUUUACCCAUUGGAAUGCAAAGUAACAGGACACCCUGAGAUGAACAACCUGGAGGAAGGGGUGGAGUUCCUCCCUGCCAUGAACUCCAAGAAGAUGGAGAAGCGUGGCCCGAAGCGAAGGGUAGUUGUGGCCAUUCUGAUCAUUGCUUUUCUGCUCAUCUCCCUGGUCAUUGGCCUCCUGGUUUGGCACUUCAAAUACAGGAACGCACCCGUGCACAAAGUCUUCAAUGGCCACCUACGAGUUCUGAACUGGGAGUUCAUUGAUGCCUAUGAGAAUUCCAGCUCUGCAGACUUCAUCAUGCUGGCUAAGAAGGUGAAGAGCACGGUUGAGGAUAUCUACAGGAGUCAUCCAGAUAUUGGCCCUUACCAUAAGGAGACAGUAAUAACUGCAUUCAGCGAAGGCAGUGUCAUUGCCUACUACUUGUCAGAGUUCAUCGUCCCCAAGUACCGCGAGGAGAACCUUGACAGGGCCAUGGCAGACAAGCAGAACUUGGUCCAGAGGCUGAACCCACGGCUGCGAAACCCCACGCUGAGGGUGGAGUCCAUCGUUGCUUUCCCUGCCGACCCCAGCAUCGCUCAGACUGCACGGGACAAUAGCUGCCUUUUUGCCCUCCACGCCAAGGAAGGGGAGAUCACCAGUUUCACCACGCCGGGGUUCCCCAACAGCCCAUACCCCAACAAUGCGCGCUGCUACUGGGCACUGAGGGCAGAUGCCAACUCCAUCAUCAGCCUGACCUUCAAGACGUUGGACUUGGAGCAGUGCACAGACAGCAGUGACUACAUCAAGGUGUAUGACUCUCUGAGCCCUGUGGAGCCCCAUGCUUUGGUGAGGCUCUGUGGGAAUUAUGCCCCUUCAUACAACCUGACCUUCCUGUCCUCCCAGAACGUUAUGCUCGUCACGUUGAUUACCAACAAGGAGGGGAGAUUCCCUGGCUUUAAGGCUGAGUUCUUCCAGCUCCCAAAGAUGAAAGUGUGUGGUGGGACUCUGAGAGGAGAGAGUGGCACUUUCACCACUCCCUAUUACCCUGCACACUACCCACCAGCCUCAGACUGCACCUGGAACAUAGAGGUUCCCUCUAAAAAGAACGUGAAGGUGCGUUUCAAUAUGUUCUUUGUGCUGGAGCCCGGGGUCCCAGUCAGCUCCUGCACCAAGGACUAUGUGCAGAUCAACAACACGAGGUACUGUGGGGAACGUUCCCAGUUUGUGGUGGCCAGCAGCACCAACAGGAUCACAGUGCAGUUCCACUCAGACCGUUCCUACACAGACACUGGGUUCUCUGCUGAGUACCUGUCCUACGACUCCAGCGAUCCCUGCCCUGGUAAGUUUGCCUGCAGCACUGGCCGCUGCAUUGAGAGAAGCAUGCGCUGCGAUGGCUGGAUGGACUGUGUUGAUGGCAGUGAUGAGCGAUCCUGCACCUGCACCGACCAGCAGUUCAGGUGUCAGAAUGGCUGGUGCAAGCCCAAGUUCUGGCUCUGUGACAAUGUGGAUGACUGCGGUGACAACAGCGAUGAGCUGCAAUGCAGUUGUGGAAACAACAGCUUCAAGUGCAGCAGUGGGAAGUGCAUCCCCAACACACAGAAGUGUGACGGCAAGGACGACUGCGGAGAUGGGAGCGACGAGGGCACCUGCAGCAAAGCCCAGGCAGCAGUUGCCUGCAAGGAGUACACGUACAAAUGCCGCAAUGGACUCUGCAUCAGCAAACAGAACCCAGAGUGUGAUGGGCAGAAGGACUGCGAGGACAAUUCUGAUGAGGACAACUGCAACUGUGGGACCCGCUCCUACGUUAGGAAAUCGCGGAUCGUCGGUGGGCAGAACUCGGAUGUGGGAGAGUGGCCGUGGCAGGUCAGCCUCCAUGCCAAGAGCCAGGGCCACGUCUGCGGAGCCUCGCUCAUCUCGGAGACCUGGCUGGUGUCAGCAGCACAUUGCUUCCUGCAGAUGCAGGGCAUCAGGUACUCAGACGCCAGCCUGUGGACAGCCUACCUGGGCCUGACCGACCAAAGCAAACGCAACGAUGCCAACGUGCAAAAGAAGCAAAUCAAGCGCAUCAUCUCCCACCCCUACUUCAAUGACUACACCUACGACUAUGAUAUCGCAGUGAUGGAGCUGCAGACCCCUGCCACCUUCUCCUCUGUUGUCCAGCCCAUCUGCCUGCCUGAUUCCACGCACAACUUCCCUGUGGGCAAAGACCUGUGGGUGACCGGAUGGGGAGCGACUACAGAAGGAGGCAGUGGAUCCGCCAUCUUGCAGAAAGCAGAAAUCCGGGUGAUCAACCAGACCAUCUGCAACCAACUGCUGACCGACCAGCUGACGCAGCGCAUGAUGUGCGUGGGGGUCCUGACGGGCGGCGUGGACGCGUGCCAGGGUGACUCCGGGGGGCCCCUGGUCAGCGUGGAGGACAGCGGGCGGAUGUUCCUGGCUGGCGUUGUGAGCUGGGGUGAUGGCUGCGCACAGAGAAACAAGCCUGGAGUGUACAGCCGGCUGACAGCACUGCGGACGUGGGUCAAGGAGCAGACGGGGCUCUAGGGAUGGGCUCAACCCUCAGACACAACCAUCACCUGCAAAACACCGGGGGGGGGGGGGACAACGCUGGCUCUGAGGCGCUGCCUCCAAUUGUGAGCCUCUACCUCACUGCAGCUGAGACUCCCAGCCUUGGGCUGUUGGCUGAGCGCAGCCAUUUGUUACUUCACCCUCCCAAACCCCCCCAUCUCAGCUUAGGAAUUAAUUCCUUCCAUCCACACAUUGAUUUUUUGUCCCUCUUUUAUGAGUUAAGCAGGUGCAGGUCCCACAGCGAACCUGAAUGGACAGUCAGUCAACAGGGAAUAAUAAAAAAAAAAAAAUAAUCAAACUUUAAAAAAAAAAAAAAAUUAAAAAAAAAAAAAAAGAAAAAACACUUAGUGUUUUUAGAAGCAAGCGGGAGGGAGAGGUUCAGGUUCCAUGCUCUCAUCAUCUAUUCUCUCUCAUUGCAUUAAUUCUGUAAUCAAUUAAUUGUCAUCUUCUGUCUGGUCUUCAGUGAUGAGGGAGGGGAUGAAGCUGCUUCUCUCUUCUCCGUGGAUCUCAGCUGCUCUGGGUCAGCAAUCCUGGGCCCGGCUUCUGUUGGUGCGAUGCUGAGGGUUGAAGCAGGGCUGAAACGUGGCCUCAAAUGGAGGGAAACCUGGAAAGGCAAAACCCUGCCACAGAGAGCAGGGAGAGAGGAAUUACCUUCUCGUUAUGCCUCAGGUUGCUCCUUGGAAGCCAGCACCGCCGUUCCCAUUGCACUGAGGUGGCUGCGUUGUGCAGGACCCAGCAUACAGCAAUGAGUUCCUUGCAGGCAGAAUCCAGGGGCAGAGAGGGGUGUUCACAGCUUGGCUCCUACGGAAACAAAAGCUGUCAGAUCACCCCACUCUUUUUACUGUUUCAAGGAAAAAAAAAUGCAAUAAUGUGACUGCUGAAUGUGAUUUGGUUUUUCCUGUGUAGCCCAGUCCUGUCCUUAGGAGAACACUCCCAGUGAAUUCAGUUCAGUCUUUACCUGUAAAUACAUCGUUUUGUAAGAGUCUGGAUGAAAUGAAAAUGCCCUAAUAAUAAACUGGGAUAUUUUAUAGUA